CGGAGGCGCGGGGGGCCGGGACGCGGGCCCGGGGCCGCCUCUAGCCGGCACCGAGGGCGCGGGUCCGGGGAUGAGGGCGCCCGCGGCGGGGAGCCCGUCUGCGCGCCGCGGCGCCGUCCCGCCCAGCGAGCGAGCCCCAGCAGGCAGACGCGCGGCCGGCGGUCGGGGAGCGCGCCGCCUCCCGGCCCUAAAAAUGUGAAGCGGGGAGGGCGGAGACGCAGAGACGGCCCGGCUGGGCGCCCUCGCCGCCCUCCGGCAGCCGCGCCGCUCCCCUUCCCCGCCCGCCCAGGCCGCGCCGACCCCGAGCAGCGAAGCCGCCGAGCCCCCGCCCCCCCACUUCCCUCCCGGCCUCGCUCAGACCCGGCUUCGGCCCGCCGCGGGUUCGCGGCCCGGACGCGGCGGGAGCAGGGCCCGGGACGGUGCGUCCGGCCUUGCCCGCGGCUCCUCGCCCAGACAAGUUUGAACAAUGAUCACAGUCAACCCGGAUGGGAAGAUAAUGGUCAGAAGAUGCCUGGUCACCCUGAGACCCUUUCGGCUCUUUGUCCUGGGUAUCGGCUUUUUCUCACUGUGCUUCCUGAUGACGUCUUUGGGAGGCCAGCUCUCUGCCCGGCCCGGGGACUCCCCCUUCACCAUCCGCACAGAAGUGUUGGGCGGGCCGGAGUCCCGCGGCGUCCUGCGCAAGAUGAGCGAUUUGUUGGAGCUGAUGGCGAAGCGAAUGGACGCGCUGGCCAGACUGGAGAACGGCAGUGAGCUGCACCGGGCUUCUGGCGACGGGCACUUUGCUGCGGACAGGUUUCCCCCGGGGGCCGGCCUCAUGGAGCGGAUCCAGGCCAUCGCCCAGAAUGUCUCAGACAUCGCCGUGAAGGUGGACCAGAUCCUGCGUCACAGCCUGAUUCUCCACAGCAAGGUGUCUGAAGGCCGGCGGGACCAAUGUGAGGCACCCAGUGACCCCAAGUUCCCCGACUGCUCAGGGAAGGUGGAGUGGAUGCGCGCCCGCUGGACCUCUGACCCUUGCUACGCCUUCUUCGGGGUGGACGGCACGGAGUGUUCCUUCCUCAUCUACCUAAGCGAGGUCGAGUGGUUCUGCCCCCCGCUGCCUUGGAGGAAUCAGACAGCCACCCAGAUGGCCCCCAAGCCCCUCCCCAAAGUCCAGGCAGUUUUCCGGAGCAACCUGUCCCACCUCCUGGAGCUGAUGGGCAGUGGGAAGGAAUCUCUAAUCUUCAUGAAGAAACGGACCAAGCGGCUCACGGCCCAGUGGGCACUGGCCGCCCAGCGGCUGGCACAGAAGCUGGGAAGCGUCUGGAGGGACCAGAAGCAGAUCCUCGUUCACAUUGGCUUCCUGACGGAGGAGUCUGGUGACGUGUUCAGCCCAAGGGUGCUGAAGGGCGGGCCUCUGGGGGAGAUGGUGCAGUGGGCAGACAUCUUGGCCACUCUCUAUGUCCUGGGCCAUGGCCUGCGGAUCACAGUGUCCCUGAAGGAGCUACAGAGUAACUUAGGGGUGCCGCCAGGCCGGGGGAACUGCCCGCUCACCAUGCCCCUGCCUUUUGACCUCAUCUACACCGACUACCACGGCCUGCAGCAGAUGAAGCAGCAUAUGGGAUUAUCCUUCAAGAGGUACAGAUGCCGAAUCCGGGUCAUUGACACCUUCGGGACAGAACCCGCAUACAACCAUGAGGAAUACGCCACGUUGCACGGAUACCGGACCAACUGGGGCUACUGGAACCUCAACCCCAAGCAGUUCAUGACCAUGUUCCCUCACACCCCGGACAACUCCUUCAUGGGCUUCGUGUCCGAGGAGCUCAACGAGACGGAGAAGCAGCUCAUCAGAGGCGGCAAGGCCAGCAACAUGGCUGUGGUGUAUGGCAAGGAGGCGAGUAUCUGGAAGCUCCAGGGGAAGGACAAGUUUCUGGGCGUCCUGAACAAGUACAUGGAGAUCCACGGCACUGUGUACUAUGAGAGCCAGCGGCCCCCCGAGGUCCCGGCCUUCGUGAAGAACCACGGUCUCUUGCCACAGCCUGAGUUCCAGCAGCUGCUGCGCAAGGCCAAGCUCUUCAUAGGGUUCGGCUUCCCCUACGAGGGCCCUGCCCCGCUGGAGGCCAUCGCCAACGGCUGCGUCUUCCUACAGGCCCGCUUUAGCCCGCCCCACAGCUCCCUUAACCACGAGUUUUUCCGAGGCAAGCCCACCUCCAGAGAGCUGUUCUCCCAGCACCCCUACGCAGAGAACUUCAUCGGCAAACCCCACGUGUGGACCGUCGACUACAACAACUCGGAGGAGUUUGAAGCGGCCAUCAAGGCCAUCAUGAGAACCCAGGUAGACCCCUACCUGCCCUACGAGUACAGCUGCGAGGGGAUGCUGGAGAGAAUCCACGCCUACAUCCAGCACCAAGACUUCUGUGCAGCCCCAGGCGCUGUCCCGCCAGGGGCCCGAGCCCCACAGAGCCCCUUCGUCCUGGCCCCCAAUGCCACCCACCUGGAGUGGGCCCAAAACGCCAGCUCGGCGCCCGGGGCCUGGCCCCCAGCGCACUCCCUCCGAGCCUGGCUGGCCACCGCUGGGAGGGCCUGCACGGACGCCUGCCUGGACCAUGGGCUGAUUUGCGAGCCCUCCUUCUUCCCCUUCCUCAACAGCCGGGACGCCUUCCAGAAGCUGCAGGUGCCCUGUGACAGCACCGAGUCGGAGAUGAACCACCUGUACCCGGCCUUCGCCCAGCCCGGCCGCGAGUGCUUCCUGCAGAAGGAGCCGCUGCUGUUCAGCUGUGCCGGCUCCAGCACCAAGUACCACCGGCUCUGUCCCUGCCGAGACUUCCGCAAGGGCCAGGUGGCCCUGUGCCAGGACUGUCUGUGAGGGCACCCGCCCGUCUGGCCCUCCCUGCCGCAGGAGAAAGCACCAGCAGAUUCCGAGCUCCAGCGACCCGCCCGCCCCUCGACGCCCCCAGACUGGAGCUUCCUUCCUUGGCCAGGAAGUGGCCCGGACAGACAUGUACGCGGGGAGGGUGGGGGGCAGCUUGUCCGGGUGCCAGGUGCCCGCCCCAGGCAGGCUCCUCGUCCUCAUCCGGGGGCUCGUGACAGCGUGGUGGCCAAGCAGAGGGCCCCGCUGGCAGGAGCAGGGGGUCGGGGCCCCUCGCUUUGUGCAGGGCCCAUGUUGGACCAGAUGGAGAGAGGGCCCUGGUCCUUCUGGGCCCACGAUGGGGCCUUAGGAUGUAUGGGGAGGGAGCAGGGGCCAUACUUGCCUGAUGACCCACUGAAGGGUCCAGAGAGUGAUGUGUGAGGGGUCAGUCUUGUCCCUUUGUGGUCAAGAGGGACAAGGGACGGGGGCAAGGCCAGGCUGGGGGACCCUGCUCAUGCCUCCUCUCAGCCCCAUCCCGCCUGCCUUUGCAACGCCCCCCCCCCCAUUGCAUACUUGGGGGGCACAGUGGGAGUGCGGGGGCCGCCUAGACCCUGGGUUGAACCGUCUCUCUCUCCCGCUUGCUCGAGCUCUCUCCACUUCGGGCUUCUGCCCAAACUCAUCUUGGCAUGACUGCGACUCCAGGCCAUGGACUUGUCCCCAGAGCCUCAGUUCCCGGCCCAGCAGGCUCUGGGACCCCCACCCCUUAGCAUCACUUGUAGGCAAAGGCUGGGGACGGAGCUGUAGCCCAUGGUAUGUCCAAUCUAGUCCCUGGCUUCCCAGGCCCGCUAGCCCCCAGGUAGCCCCCCCCCCCCCCCCCCCCCCAGUGCUGCGUGUCCCUAUCUCCAGCCUCCUCUAGCCUCCAACCGCCUCUGGACCCAAGCAUCAUCUCUGUGUGGCAUGCCUGCCCCGGCCCCAGGACACCCCCUCCUCCUCCUCCCCAGGCCCAGAGCCCUGCCCGAAUAAACAGGUCAGGCCUCCAGAGACACUGCCACCCCAGCCCGUUUUAUAAUCCCACCCCCCCCACCCCCCCAGCCAAGCCUGACCCUCCACCCUGCCAGGGAGGCAGUCCAGGGCCCCGAGAGCCAGGAGAGGGGAGCGAGCCGGCGUGGGGCCGAGGUGGGGUGCCUCCCAAUGCCAGACCCCUCUCUGGGCCUGGGUGGCCCCUGCAGCCGCAGAAACUCAGUGGUCGCCAAGGACCUGGCCCGUCGGGGGAAAGCAAUAGAGACACUCUUUUCUCUCUCUCUCUUUUUUAAAGAUUUAUUUCUUGAAAUAAUAAAUAUUUUAUUGGGAUGUGA